AUGCCUCUCCGUGUCUUAGUAGUUGGAGCAGGAUUGGCCGGUCUAGCAGCGGCACUUUCUACAAAACUUGCAAACCCAUCACAUGAAGUGACGAUUCUAGAAACUGUCUCGGAAUUGGCGGAAGUCGGGGCAGGACUACAAAUAACACCUAAUGCAUCACGGCUCUUCAAAAAAUGGGGAAUAUACGAUGAUCUCGCACCAAAAGCUACAUUUCCUAAAACUCUCUCCGUGUGGCGAUUUGAUGGGACAAAACGCUUAGCACAUUCUUCGGAUUUUCAAGAGAAAAUUAAUGAAAGAUAUGGAGCUCCUUUUUGGGGAAUGCAUCGAGUAGAUCUACAGCGUGCACUUUGCGCUAAAUGCAAUGAGUUAGGCGUCGUUAUUCGUCUAUCAUCGAGAGUCACGAGUGUUGAUUUCGAAAAGACAGUUAUAACAUUAGAUGGAGGGAAAAUAGUAGAAGGAGACAUUAUACUUUGCACAGAUGGGAUUUAUUCGGCUACUAGAUCACAAUUUCUGGGCCAUUCAUGUCCGCCAAAUCCAACCGGAGACCUCGCAUACAGAAUUGUCAUUGAUAAAUCCACAUUGAGUGGUCCGGAUGCAGAAAAACUCACUGCAUUCAUCGAUUCCCACUCUGUCAACUUCUGGGCGGGUCCGGAUACACACGUGGUAUCGUAUACCAUGCGCGGAGGCGAUCUAUUCAACAUCGUCCUACUCUGUCCCGAUAAUCUCCCACCCGGACUUUCACGCUCAACAGGCGACUUGGAAGAAAUGAAAGGAUUAUUCGAAGGCUGGGAUCCCAUCCUCAGAGCAUUCUUAGAACAAGUCAAAGAAGUAGCCAAAUGGCGAUUAAUGCAUCUCGAACCUCUCGAACGCUGGACUAGCGAAAAAGGAACCUUUUGGAUGGCUGGCGAUGCAUGUCAUCCCAUGCUUCCCUAUCUCGCACAAGGCGCUAAUUCGAGUCUGGAAGAUGGAGCCGUCAUGGGAUAUCUAUUGGGAAAAGUUAAUGUAGAGAUGAAAGAUGAACAAUUGAGGAAUGCGGCGAGGAUAUAUGAGGAAUUGAGAAAGGGGAGGGGAGAAGGUAUAGCGAGGGAAACGUGGGGACAGAGAGAAAGUUUUCAUAUGGUGGAGGGAGAGGAACAGGUUAAGAGGGAUGAGAUUUUAUUGGCGGGCCCGACGGUUAAUGGUGGGUUUCCGAGUCGAUGGCAGGAUUUUGGCGGUGCGCAGAAGUGGUUGUAUGGGUAUGAUGCUUAUGUGGAGGUAGAAAAGGGAUUUGAGAGGUCGCCGUUUUAG